GCUAUUACUUUGAACUGAGGACUUUAUCAGGUUUGUAGAGAGGAAGAGGCAUUCUGCUUACAUUUGAAAAGUGUAACAUGGUGGUGUGGAGAUGCUGUGGGGUCUGGCAGUUUGUGUGUGUCCAUCCAACUGUGAGUCUGUCCUGGAGGGCAGAUGAGAGAGAGUUCUGAAUCUCAGGAGGAUGUGGGAUUGACUUGGGCUCUUCAGGGAGAAAGAAUGCCUGAGGAAGAACCCACACAUUUUGCUGAUGACCAUAGUGUAGGAAGGAUUGAUGAGGAUGGCGAUACUCAUGGUAAAAACUUUUUUCUCAGAUUCUCACCAAAACCUGCUUCUUCAUGAGGAUGAAUGGGAACAGUGAAGCUCCCAGCUUUCCUCACCUGAGCACCAUGUUUUUCUGUGAAAUCAGUGUUGGGAUCAUAGCCAACACUGCUCUGCUUCUCUCCCACAUCCCCACAUUUCCUCUCAAGCACAGGCCCAAGCCCACUGACUUGACCAUUGGUCACUUAGCUCUUGUCCACCUAGUGAUGCUGCUGACUGUGGGGUUCAUAACUGCAGACAUUUUGGGGUCUCAGGGUUUAAGGGAUGACAUAAUAUGUAAGUCAGUGAUUUACUUGUACAGGCUGAUGAGGGGCCUGUCCUUUUGUGCCACCUGCCUGCUGAGUGUCCUCCAGGCUGUCACCCUCAGCCCCAGAAGCUGCUGCUUGACAAAGUUCAAGUGUAGCUCCUCACCUCAGAGCCUCUGCUGCUUUUCCUUCUUGUGGGUCUUUAAUAUGCUCAUCAGUGGUCGCUCCUUGAUCUCUAUUGUUGCCACUCCCAAUGUCACCACACACAGUCUCAUGUUUGUUACUAAGUCCUGCUCUCUUUUUUCUACAAAUUACUUGUUCAGGUAUAUGUACUUCUCCCUUGUGACCUUCCAGGAUGUUUUCCUUAGACUCAUGGCCCUCUCCAGUGGGUACAUGGUGACCCUCUUGUGCAGGCAUAAGAGGCAGUGCCAGCACCUUCACAAUACCAGCCUGUCUCCAAAAGCAUCCCCAGAACAGAGGGCCACAAGGACCAUCCUGCUGCUCAUGGGUCUCUUUGUGGUCAUAAACUUUUGGGACUUCACUGUCUCCCUCUUUUCUGCAAUGUCAUGGAACAAUGAUCAAGUUCAUUGUUGUGUCCAGAUGCUGGUGGGCAAUGGCUAUGCCACACUGAGUCCUUUGGUGUUAAUCAGCACCAAGAAACAAAUGAUGAGGUUCUUAACAUCCCUGUGGGGUAAGGAUGCAAAUGCUUAG